AUGUCCCGCACAAUUGGAGGCUUGACGCAUACGCAUCACAAUCGCUAUUUGGCAGUCCUCACCGACUGGACAGCUGCGUCGCCGUCUGCUAGACGCUUUGCGCUGGGAGAGGCGAUGCCUAGGACUGGGCGCGCUGGAAAGCGACGCGACUCCGGAUGGGAUCAAGCGUGCGACCAGGAACAGGGCUGUGGGAGCACGGCUGCAGCGCCAAUCACUGACCUGUCGACGGCUGUAGUCCUGCUGUUCCCCGAUUCGCCGCCCAGCAAGCUCUGCGCCCGCGUGUCAUCGCGCCUCGGAGGAGCAAGCAAGGCCAGCGACAUUGAGAAACAGGCCAACUGGACGGCUCCAACACCUCCCCGUUCGGGCCAGCAGCAACGUCGUUGGACGGGUGUCGGUGUGGUCGUGGCCGCUGGUCCUCUGGCGAUUGCUUUUGGCCGCUGGGCCCGGCAGAGUGGGAGCGGAUGCCACACCCAACUUCAUCGCGGCACCAUGGCCCAAACGGGCUCGGCAGAGGCGCGGAAGGUCCCUCGUGGCGCAUCACCGGCGCGCACCGCCUCGACAUGGCUGGAGGUGUCGGCUGGACCUGUCUUGCUUCUGGAGUUGUCACCUCGGCUGGGCGAGCGCACGAGAGGCACAGCAUGA